GCGGGAGCGGCGGAGCAGCAGCUGAGCGGAGCAGGCGGGCGCGGGGAGGAGCCGCAGGGGACAGCGCUCGCGGGCGGCCGAGGAUGCUGCGGGGCGGCCGCGCCGGGGCCCCUCGUUCGUGACCGCGGCGUCGCGUCUGAGGCAGCCGAGGCUGCGGGCCCCGCGCGGUCCUGCUCCGCGCACGCGCCCCGCGACCUCUCGGAGCUGACAGCGCGAGCGCGCGGCCCCGCGGGAGCAGCACGAAUGUACGACAACAUGUCCACGAUGGUGUAUAUAAAGGAAGACAAGUUGGAGAAGCUGACACAGGAUGAGAUUAUUUCUAAGACAAAGCAAGUGAUUCAGGGGCUGGAAGCUCUGAAGAACGAGCACAAUUCCAUCUUACAAAGUUUACUUGAGACACUGAAGUGUUUGAAGAAAGAUGAUGAAAGUAAUCUGGUGGAAGAAAAAUCAAACAUGAUCCGAAAGUCUCUGGAAAUGUUGGAGCUUGGCCUGAGUGAGGCACAGGUCAUGAUGGCUCUGUCCAACCACCUGAACGCUGUGGAGUCCGAGAAGCAGAAGCUGCGCGCGCAGGUUCGUCGGCUGUGCCAGGAGAAUCAGUGGCUGCGGGACGAGCUGGCCAACACGCAGCAGAAGCUGCAGAAGAGCGAGCAGUCCGUGGCUCAGCUGGAGGAGGAGAAGAAGCACCUGGAGUUCAUGAAUCAGUUAAAGAAAUACGAUGACGACAUCUCCCCAUCCGAGGACAAAGACACUGAUUCCACCAAAGAGCCUCUGGAUGACCUUUUCCCAAAUGACGACGACGAUCCCGGUCAAGGAAUCCAGCAGCAGCACAGCAGUGCGGCGGCGGCCGCGCAGCAGGGCGGCUACGAGAUCCCGGCGCGGCUGCGCACGCUGCACAACCUGGUCAUCCAGUACGCCUCGCAGGGGCGCUACGAGGUGGCCGUGCCGCUCUGCAAGCAGGCCCUGGAGGACCUGGAGAAGACGUCCGGCCACGACCACCCGGAUGUGGCCACCAUGCUGAACAUCCUGGCCUUGGUGUACAGAGACCAGAAUAAAUACAAAGAUGCCGCUAAUCUGCUGAACGAUGCCUUGGCCAUCCGCGAGAAGACUUUGGGCAAAGAUCAUCCUGCGGUGGCGGCGACUCUGAAUAACCUUGCGGUGCUUUACGGCAAGAGAGGGAAGUACAAAGAGGCCGAACCGCUGUGUAAGAGAGCCCUGGAGAUCCGAGAGAAGGUUUUGGGAAAGGAUCACCCCGACGUUGCCAAGCAGUUAAAUAACUUGGCCUUACUGUGCCAGAAUCAGGGCAAGUACGAGGAAGUAGAAUAUUAUUAUCAAAGAGCCCUUGAGAUCUACCAAACAAAACUGGGGCCUGAUGACCCCAAUGUGGCCAAAACAAAAAAUAACCUGGCAUCCUGCUAUCUGAAGCAAGGAAAAUUCAAGCAAGCAGAAACACUGUACAAAGAGAUUCUCACUCGUGCACACGAAAGGGAGUUUGGCUCUGUAGAUGAUGAAAACAAACCCAUUUGGAUGCACGCUGAAGAAAGAGAAGAAUGCAAAGGAAAGCAAAAGGACGGGACAUCUUUUGGAGAGUAUGGCGGCUGGUACAAAGCCUGCAAAGUUGAUAGUCCAACUGUUACAACUACUUUGAAAAACCUUGGGGCACUUUACAGACGUCAAGGCAAGUUUGAGGCUGCAGAGACAUUGGAAGAAGCCGCCAUGAGGUCCCGUAAACAGGGUCUUGACAAUGUUCACAAACAGAGAGUAGCCGAAGUGCUGAAUGACCCUGAGAACAUGGAGAAGCGGAGAAGCCGGGAGAGUCUGAACGUGGACGUGGUCAAGUACGAGAGCGGCCCUGACGGAGGGGAGGAAGUGAGUAUGAGCGUAGAGUGGAACGGGGACGGCACGGGAUCUUUAAAGCGCAGUGGCUCCUUUAGCAAACUCCGGGCUUCAAUUAGACGCAGCAGUGAGAAGCUGGUUAGGAAGCUGAAGGGAGGAAGCUCUCGAGAGAGUGACCCAAAGAACCCCGGCAUGAAGCGGGCCAGUUCCCUGAAUGUCCUUAACGUGGGUGGCAAGGCCGCUGAAGACCAUUUCCAAGAACGAAAUACUUGUCUGGCAGACUCGCGAGCUCUGAGUGCCAGCCACACUGACCUGGCCCACUGAGGGCCGAGGCAGAGCUAGCUAGAACCCCGAGACUAACGAAGCACCGAGGCCCGCGGGCGUUGCCAUGCCCCUACCCACUCAGCAGGGGCCCCCCACUCCGGGGUUGCUUCCUUUUCUAGCUAGUGCUGUCUGCCGCCUCUUGGAGGUUUGCCCCGAAUUCUGUUAAGCUGUCGGCGCUACUAGCGACCAAGAGGGGCCGAAGUGUGAGCGUGAGACCGGCCGGGCGCAGAGGCCCGCGGAGGCCCCGGCAGGUGGCUGCAGCUCGUUGGGAACCAGCCGCUGCUCCCGGGACACUUGUACUCCCUGCCACUACACCAGGAUCGGUUGUAAAUGUUGACACUGUAUUAAGGCUGUAAAUUCAGGCUCUGGAACCUCGCACUGCACCCUUCUACACUAUGCAUCUGAUGGCCUCUGGCAGCGCCCCCGGGAUUCAGAUGGGUGUUUGGGAGCAGGAGAGAUGGGUGACGCGGUGGGUUUGGGUCUCGGCUGAGCCCCGCUCCUUCAGUGCGGCCGCUCUGAGCGCCAAGCACACAGGGAUGUGGGUUUAUUUUUCAAAGGGUUUUCUUUGUAGAGUUAAGUAGCACGGGGUAGGUUUUGACGGGAACGUGUCCCGGUCCACCCUGCAGCCCUCCCCGGGAGGGGCUGCGUGAGGCUCCCUCGUAGGUUCAGAACGUUCUGAGCAGAUGACAGGGUUUGUGACUGCAGAUGGCAGUGGUGGUGAGAAGGGGGACGUCCAGGCCAGCAGGCGGGAACGGGGAGAUGCAACCUGUAGGGGAGGGGAUCUGGGAGACGUGGUGCUUCCCGGUGACAUGCUGCAGGUCGUGACUUUAAUGUUACGUGGUGUCACCGCCAGGACACGUGCUUUUGCCUGUCCCCAGCCACCUCUUCCUCCUGAAUUGCACUUUGCCUGGGUACGUGUGAGGGGUCUUCCUGGGGGUCCCCCGGUCUACACGUGUCCUUUGGGGGCUGCGGGCUGGGAACUUGCGGAGCGUCCCAUCAUUUAAGACCACAGGAGCACGUGGCUGUGCGCCUGUUCCUGCCCAGAGACCGGUGCUCAGGGCUCUGCCUGCAGGUGCCCGUGGGUCUGGCUGGGGGUUCCACGGCCGCUCCCCUUUGCGCAGCGCCCGACUGUCCCGUUGCUGCAGGUUCUGGCGGUCCGGGAGUGCUCUCCAGGGUUGGUUUGCACGUGGGGUGGGUUGUGAGAUGCUCAAGCCAAGAGAACAGCAGAGCCGUGUCCUCGCUUCCCUUUGAGGCGCAGGGGCUGCCGGGGCGUGAGGUGACCAGUGGGGAGGGCCCUGGGAGCUGCCCUGUCCCCUCUGUCCGAAGGGCUCUUCUCAGGCCACGAAGCUGAUCUGGUGCCUUGGAAGCCGAACCUGUUUCCCUUAGCGACGCUUGUGUCUGGAGAACAUGGGGCGGAGAACAGGAUUUAACGUCCCGCUGGCAGCAGGGGGGCCUUUGUUGAACCCUCCCCGCCUGGGAGCCCCGAGGCUUGGUUCUCUGAGGGCCAACAUUGCCUUGUGGGGCUGUGAGGAAACGCAGCCGGGGUGAGAGAAGCCAGACGGCCUCCCGAAACCCAGGUCAUCGAAACUUCCAUGUCUCUGGGGUUGCUGCCUGGAAAUCUGUGAGGUCUGAUUUCUGAACUUGUAUCAAAACAGAAAGAGCCCGGGUAUCCCUACUUUGUGGAUUCGAACAUUCUCGAAGAGGGCAGCAGUGGGGGUGGCUGCCCCUCCUCCACAAUGUUUUCCUUUCCCGGUGAGGGGACCCUUAGAGUGGCAGCCAGCACCCACUGUACGUGCUUCCUGUCCAGUUCGAGCCCCCGGCCAGAGGACAGACAGGAGCUGGCCACCGUCUGCAGAGCCCCCUCCACGGCCUGUCAGGGCGGGGGAGGCAGUGGGAGGCCUGGGUCUCCUGACCCUCCCAACUUCCCCACAGCAGCCUGUGGCGCUCGUCUUGUGUUUACAGUAUCGUGGGGAGUCUGUUACUUCCUGGAAUUAAAAACUUCCCGUCAUUUGUUCAGAAAGCUGCUAGAAAUACCAUGUAAGAGAAAUUCAGCGUUUAUGGUGACAUACUAAUAUUGCUCCAGAACAUCCUUUACGGCUCCCAGAACGUAUCGUCCAUCACUGUAACCUCACGGUUCUGGAGGCACGUUGCAUAGAUGAGGCUGAUUGCUGAGAUGUUUCUAUCUGCCCUUCCUGCUGACCACCGCACCGUGUAGUCCUCAAAGUCCCGAGAACUCGAGUGCGGUGAAGCAGCGACCAAGGGGGAGCUUCCCGUCAGCCGAGGGAGUCUCGUCAGGGCGUACCGGCAUCCUGCGCGUGCCUGGGGCAGGCAGAAAGACGUGCACCAUUCCACAUUUGUCCCCAUCGUCCUGGGGGAGAACCCCCGGGAGGGACCCCAGGUCUGCGAGGCCUGUGUGAUGAGCCUUGAGGAAAGCCUGGGAUGGAGGGGACGGUGCAGGGCCCCGGCCGCAGAACUCUUUGGGGGUCUGGGCCGUCUGUGUCGUGGAGAGACGUGCUACUGCAGGGGCGGCCCUCUGGGAUGGGUGGGCAGGCGGCCCCAGUACUGACGAGCGUGUGUGGUGUGCGCCCCCCAGGGGGAGGCCUGUCUGGCACGUGUACCUACAGUCUUCGAUCGUAGUUUUCUCACUGUUCAUGUGAUUUGCUUAGAAAAUAAUUUGGGAUUGUUUAUAUUUAAUUACAAAAAUAAAGUGGUUUAUUUCCUGCUGUGAA